UUUAAAACUUCGCCCUGUGGUGUAUACAUAUAUACCGCUGUAUAUAUAUCUCCUUCCAUUGAUUUGUGUUCCAGAGAUAUUCAGAAAGAGGGCACAUACCUGUGGUUAUAUCAGAUAAAAAAUCGAAAGAGGAAGUUAAACUGUUGCAGUUGUCUUGUGCUUCGUGCAUGGAAUUCUUUUACUCUGCGAGAGCACUGCGACAUCAUGACAUCUGUUAGCACUACCUAACCGUUGUUCUCAGAACACAACAGGAUAUGGAUGUAAAUAAAGCAAGACCUGGGACUUUCUCAAAGCCAAGAUCAGCCCUUCAGGAAGAUAAAAACUUGGGAGGGAAUGUAGGCAGAUCACAACCAGGAAAUACAAUUAGUAGCUGUGAUGUCACACCAACAACCCAACGUGCAAAUGCAAGAGAGUCUUCAUCAACGAGCUUUACCAGCAAGAGAAACAGUAAAUUAAACAUUCCUGCUGCAUUUUUGGCAGACAAGCAAGAACCAGCCAUGAAUAGGCCGCCAGUAGUUCCGAAGAAAAUUGUGUCAACUCCUGUGGAGGAGAACAAACCGGGGAUGACUCCUAAGCCGGCAUUAAAACCCAAAGUUCCUAUGGAUAAGGAAUCAAGUGUAGCUACAAUACUCAGGACCAUCAAUAAUGCGCAGAGUAAUCGGUCACAUGAAAACGGUGAUAUUUCAAACACGGAAAGUGAAACAGUGAAAAAGCCUAUAAAUCCAUUUCUAGCAUUAGACAGAGAAAAGAAAGUGGAAAGUUCAACUAAUAAACCUGUUACUCCUGUAAAACCAUUGGGUAGGUCAGAUUCGGAUAAACCAGUUCCACCAUGGAAAAUGCCAAAACCUGCAGAAUCAGACAAGCCUACACCACCUUGGAAGGUCCCUAAACCAGACACAGACUCAGAAAAACCGGUGCCUCAUGCAUGGAAAGCCAGAGCUUCUCAAGAACAGAGCUCUGAAAACAAGAGUGAAAAUGUUCCACCAUGGAAAGCAAAAAAAUUCCCAGUGGACACCAACAAUGUGUCGGAAGAAAAACCUGUGCCAUUGUGGAAGCAGAAAAACCUCCAAAACAAGCCGGAGACAUUAAAUAAACCAGAGGCAAAUAAAUCUGAUUCUCCCCCCACUCCAUCUUGGAAAGCAAACACAGAGCCUUUAGCAAAAGAUGGCAACAAGCAACCACCAAGUAAAUUAAAAAGUCCAUUCCUAGCGGACAAAUCGGAGCUUAAUGCGGUUAUAGGUAGAUUGAACAGAACAAGUAGUGCAUCAUCAGAUGAACCACCCCCUGUGCUUCGGAAUUUAAAACAGAAAAAGUCAAUCAAGCGGAAAUCUUUAACUAGAACUUUUGAUCAGAAGAAGUUUUACGCAGUAGACAUACAGACUGUGGAGACGGAUAACAAUCCGCCUCCGAAACCUGCCAAGAUGUUCGGUGCUGUAAACAUUGACAUCAUUGUGGAGAGGUACAAGGCUCGACUUGCUCCUUCAUCAGGAGUGAAAACAGAGCCCUCUCCUGAGGCUGAGGUGGAGGAAGAGCUUGAGGUGGAUGAACUUUACGAGGAGCUUCCGGAGGAGCCAGUGGCAGUGAGGAGAAGGUCCGAGGGACAGAAUAAUUCUAGAGCCUCAAAGGCAGUUUCUCUUAUACCAGAAAUGGCGUCUGAUGAAGAAGAGGAGGAGUAUGAUGAUACGGCCAUUGUUGUAGCCACCCCUCAAGCUAGUCUUCCUCCACCCCCUCCAAAAGACCUCCCCCCACUCCCUGGAAUCCCUUCAAGGGCCAGGCCACCACCCCCACUGAUACCCACACCAUCAGAUGCAAACGAUGACCUUGAUCAGGAGGAGUAUGCAGAUGCUGAGGCCGGGGGAAUAGAAGAAGAGGGUUUAGAACAGGAUGAUGUGUACGAACCACUAGAUGAAAUUCAAGAGGAGUUGAAUAAAAAGGAGGAAGAAGAAAGAAAAAAACAACAAGAUGAAAAGAAGGCUGAGAAAGAAAGGAAAGAGAGGGAAGAAAGGGAAAAGAAAGAGGAGCAGAAAAGGUUGAAAGCUGAAAAGAAACGACAAGAAGAGGAAAAGAAACGACAAGAGAAGGAGAUGAAAGCUUUAAAGAAAAAGUUCAAUAUUCAACCCUCCGACCUUGACUCACCUCAAGGUGAAGGUGAUAUCAAGGAAGACGACAAGGGAGGUAAAAACAGUCUAGAAGUCAAAAAGGGCACAAGAGUUCAGUUAAUCCGUUUAACUGAUAAUCCAAAGGGGAAAUGGCUGGUGAAAUUAGCAGUUACUGGAUUGGUUGGAUAUGUAGAGUCCAGCAAUGUAGAAGUGGACAAUAAUCUCAUUAAAUCGGUAAUGGCGGGUGAUUACAUGAAUAGUCUACCUCCCCCACCUCCAGAGUUUCUAGUGGAUGACCAGGAAGAGUAUGCUGAUGCUGAGAUUGGUGCCGAGGAAGAAGAUGGUAGCAGUUCCUUCAGGUAUUUUUCAACAAAAAUGUGAACUGUAAACUGAGAGAGUUAUAUGAGGAUGUGUAGAAGAAGCCGAUGUGAAACAUCUAACUGCUUCUACAUAGAGAUUGACUGUGAUGUACAUUCUGAGUGAGAGACAGAGACUUAAAUGAGGCCUUAAAUACAGGGACACUUAGCAGGAGUGAUUGAAUCUUCCUGUACUUUCCUGUUUUCACAGCAUUCCUUUAAAGUUAUAGUCACGCAUGCACUUUUCUCUUUAGUUGUGGUUUAUAUAUACACACACUAGCUAUAUAUAUUACUGUCACACUGUCUAAAUUGUAUUAUAGUGCAACAACAUCCAGUUUUAUCUUUCUUUUUUUUUCUUUCCAUUUUAUCUCAUAUUUUAGUAGGUUGAUUCAAUGAAGCAGCUUAAAAAUUGAUUCUGUACUGCGUGGUUACUUAAAGCUACGGCAGAUGUAUGGAAACGGACUUCAUGUAAUUAAUAAGUUUUAUGAGUUAUUUCCUUUGGGUUUCAUUGAAUAUGUAUAUUUUAUGCCAAAGGAAUGUAGAUGAAUCAUAUAGGAGAUUUGAGCUUUAUUGUGCAAGUAUAACUUGCUUCCUUUAGUGGCAAUUUUUCCCUGUGUUGCAAUAUAGCUACCUAAAACACUGUCUAGUCAUGCAAUAGAUGUAGCAAAAUGAAAUUGUGGUUACAUUAUAGAAAAUGAAAACUACUGGUACACAUUAUCAAUAUACCAUAGUACUUAAUACCAUACUACUUAAUAUAAACCAGCAUUUUUGUUGACUUUAUUUUGCAAUGUACUGUUGACAGAGAAUUAAUAGACAGCAGGUACUGCCUAUUAAGCCCUCACCAUAUGGCUAUAUAUAUAUGUACAGGUACAUAUAUAUAUACCCUUGAGGAAAUGGUGACACUCCAGUGCAUCGACUUAACUUUUCCAAACCAGUCUACCAGUAUAACUAUUACCUAAUGGUCUUGAACAAUAAAAGGGAUGAUGAUGGAUUAGUCUGUUUGCAACUUAUACAAUUGUUGUUUGUGAACUUUGCAAAGGUGGUUUAUAGUACUAUAUAAUAAGAGGACUUAAUUGUGUGCUGGUAUAUAUUGCACACAAAUUCAAUGACUUUGAAUGACCUAACUAGUCCUGGUUCUUGAAUCCUUUGUUAUAGCAAGUUUGAUGUGUUCAUUCAGUAAUUUAAACAGCACUCAAUAGUCCACCGUGAUGCACUGGUGCAGAUAUUAUCACAUUAAUUAUAUAACAUGUAACACAUGUGAAAAUCACACAUCUUGUUAAUAUUUUUUCUGUUCUUUAUGAAAAUACAUUUAAUGUAGGAACAUUUAUAUACCUUUUCCAGAUUUUUUUUUAUUAUUCUUUAGUUUAUUACUGGUACAUGUACUAAAUACAUGUAUGUCUUUUUUAGGCUCAAUACACAAUGUAUGUCUAGUAAAAUGUGCUCAGCACAUGCAUGCAGUCUCUUUGUCAUGUGUUAGUGUAAUAUGUUUAGCUCAAUUUGUUGGUAAACUCUUAUGGAUUUAUUUUUAUUUAUACAUGUAUACAUGUAGAUACACUAAGUGCACACACACAAAAAAGUGAAUUGCAGUAUAAGUACUGGUAUAAGUUUCAUUUUUUUUUUCAGAAAACCAUCAAUAUUGUAAAACAUAUAAUGGCCCUGCAUGGACUUCCUUUCUUAUCACAUGUACAAUAUUUAUAUAGUUUGUAACAAAUCCUAUUUAUUUACUCAAUUUUUGUUUUAUGAAUGACAAUCUUUAUGCUUAGUUCAACUUCUGUAUUUCGGAGACAACAAUUUGAUACUACUGCCAAUGUUCUUGCUUUAUAAAGAUAUAUAUAUAUAUAUAAUACAUAUAGACAAUACAUUAUUUUUUUAUUUUUAACUUGAGAUAGUACUAUGUUAACUAUGAUUUGUUACAGAAAACAAAAUUCUGCUAUAUAAAUAAAAUACUUAAUAGAAGAAA